GUAAAAAAAAAAAAUAAAAUGAAAAAAAAAAAAAAAUAAAGGGUAGUUUUUGGAGGGUAGUUGGGGGUGUAGAUAAGAUGUUGAGGAUUGAGGGAUGUGUGUGUAGUUGAGAUUGGGGGGAUGAGGGUUGAGAGUAUGGAGAUUAAAAAUGGGGGGACGGGAGUCGGGAGACGGGAGACGGGAGACGGGGACCGGAUGUCGUUGACUCAUGUAUGAUGAAAGAGAUUGUUUAUAUAAACGUUAUUAACGGUUUUCGUUCAUAUAAAUACAUAAAAAAUUUAUGGCUUUUUCUUAGAAAAAAAUAUAAAAUAAAAGCAUGCGUCAUUAACGAAAAAAUUCCGAUAUAAGUGGGGCAACAUAAUAAUAUCAAGUUUUACGUAUAUGUAAAUUAUUAUAUAUAUGUAUUUGUUUCUACAAAACGAUUUUUUUAAUUGAAAACCUAUCAGUGCAUUAAACGUGUUCGUGACGAAGAAGUUAAAAAAAAUAUGGAAUUGAUUGUAGAUAUACAAGGAUUUAAGCAACCUCACAACGCAUUUGUUUUAAAAGAGUUUGCUGCAAUUAAUGUUCAAAACAACGAAACACAUUGUUUUGUAUUUAAGCCACCAAAUACAUGGAAUCAUCUACCUGCAAAAUACAAGUCAAUUAAUCUGUGGUUGAUACGCAAUUGGCAUGGGUUAUCGUGGGAGUGUGGUGAUGUAUCUUAUAAUGACAUAAAACUGAUAAUUUCUAACGUUUUGGAAUCAGCUUGUUAUAUAUACGUCAAAGGUGACGAGAAAAAAAAGUGGUUGGAUGAAAUCACUGACAAUUCAAAAGUAAUAAUUGAUUUAUAUUCAAUGGAUUCUCCAGGGAUAAGAACAAUAAAAAAUCAAAUAACAAGUCAUCCAGGAAUUCAUUAUGCUAUACGUAAUUGUCAUUGUGCACUUGACAAUGUGCAACAAUUAAAACUAUGGUUUCAGAAUUAUUGGGGUGAGAAAUCAUCUCUUAAUAAAUCUAUACAGUUGUACUAUGCAUUAAAAAAUUUAUCGAAACUUAGAAAAGAAGAUAUAGAAAUUUUACCAGAAAAUUUUAUACUUUCAUACGCCUCGGAAUCAAUGGAUGAAAUUUGGGAUAAAUUGCCUGAAAAUCUGAAAAACAACCAUAAAUUCAUCGAAGAGCGUCGUUGUAAAGAACAUUUUAAUUUUUUGGGAUUAUAUACAGAUGCAUUUGAUGGACCAUUACCAAAAAAAAAAAAUUGUAUUCCAUGUCAAAAUAAUAAAAAAAAAAUAAUUUGAAAAAAAUAA